AUGAUACGAUGUGGACUGUCUUCCAGGGUUCAUCUGAUCACUCCUAUACGAACUUUCGGUGGGAUCGCUUCGAGACUGAGGCAGGCCGCCGAAGCCCGUUCUGGAGGAAGCCUGCAGAGCUACCAUGUCACCAAAAAGCUUAGCUAUCCACAAGAGCUACUUUACGACAUCAUUUCAGGUGUUGACAAAUACCACGAGUUUAUACCCUAUUGCACCCACAGCUUUGUGAAUGCCCGAGAUGCAGAGGGAGAACCAAUAGAGGCUGGCCUUGACGUUGGAUUUUCGGCCUUUCACGAGACUUUUGUAUGCAAAUUGAGCUGUGAGAGACCCGAAAAAGUCAAAGCCACAUCCAUCACCGAGUCUCUUUUUGAGUCCCUAGACACGGACUGGACAAUCAAGCCAUUGUCCGGCCAAGGUGAAAGGGAAGUAUGUCAGGUGGAUCUAGUACUAUCAUAUGAGUUUAAAGAUGAACUUUACAAUAAGACGAGUCUGUUUUUCGCCAAAAAGAUUACGAAGUUGAUGCUCAAAGCUUUGGAACAGAGAGCUUUCAGUAUGCAAAAAGAGUUCAAAGAGAGAGCUGCGGCCUCACAAUGA